CAUUAAAUAUGUUUUAAUACAAUUUCAGUUUUGGUUCAGUGAAGCAUAUUGUCCAUCUAUUGGUUAGGUUAGCUAGCCCAAUAGGCCUCCCUAUACACGAUCCAAACCCAUGCAGACUAGAUAUUUUUAAAGAAGAAAUACUUAAAGACGGCGUCGUUUUUACGUGACAGAUGUCAGAAUCUAUCAACCUGACAAUUUCGGAAAAGUUUCCUCUCCUCCAUCAGUCUAGGGUUUUCAGUUUCUGCAGAAAUAUUGAACAUGCAACUCACUCUGGAAUUCGGUGGAGGGCUAGAGCUCCUUUGUAAUUCAGUGAAGAUUCAUAAUGUCAAUGUCCAACUGAAAAAUGGAGUAGAGAAGUUAACCAUGAAAGACUUGCUCGCUUGGGUUCGCACAAAUUUAAUCAAGGAGAGGCCUGAAAUGUUCAUGAAAGGGGAUUCUGUGAGACCUGGCGUCCUGGUCCUCGUGAAUGAUUGUGAUUGGGAGCUUAGUGGCCAGCUUGAUACCACGCUGGAAGAGAAGGAUGUGGUCGUCUUUAUUUCAACCUUGCAUGGCGGAUAGUAUCUAGUAGAUUGUUGCUGCUUUCAUAUUACAAGUAAUUGUAGUCUUAUUUGUGAACUUCACCAUUAAAGAUGUUAUGUGAAAGCAUAUGUUAAGGCAUAUAGGAAGUAUAUGAGAUUUUUUGCUAUUAUUGUCGUGAACACUUGUUUUCUAUGCUGCAAUUAUGAAUUUUAUGCGCUGUUCAUUCUAGUGUACUAUUUUUCUCUGGAAGGGGGAAAAUUUUGAGUAAAUGAAAGGAUAGAAGAGCAUUUGCCUUUUUC